AUGGAUGAGGUGAAGGCCGCUUAUCUUAAUGCCGAGUGUUCUGCUAUCUUGCAGAACCAACCGAUUCCACCUAAUCUUGAGGAUCCAGGGAGUGCUAGCAUUAACUUGAUGCCUUACUCGGUUUGGAGUAAGUUGGCUUCCGGAAUUUUGAGACCUACCCGUAUGAGUAUAAGAUUAGCUGACCAUUCUUUUCAGUAUCCCAUUGGGAUUGCUGAAAACAUGACUGUACAGGUAGGGCAUAUUGUGUUUCUUGUUGAUUUUGUGUCCUCGAAAUGGAGGAAGAUACUAAGGAUAUAUGUCAUUGAUGAUGUUUUGGAUCAGGAAUUUGAGGAAUAUAUGGAGACUGAGGUUGAUGAAGAGCUCACUCACUUCAGAGCUGGAGAUAUAGAUGAUGAUUAG